ACAGCUUUCACUUUAGGAAUUCACCAUUUUCGUACUCUCAUUUCUGCGUGCAUGGCCCGUGUAGAGACCGCAACCUGUAUGCAAGGGACGCCAGACUCGCUGGGCCACUGUGCCGGGCUUGCCAAGCGCUUACUCACUGACAGCCCUGUCAAGCUCCCGCUCGCCAGUGAGUCCACCACAGCCGCACGGCCAGAAGCAUGGUCCAGCGUCCGAGUCUGCCGCAGCUCUGGGCAUCAACCGGCGAACCCCCAGUUCAGCACAUAGGCUCCACAGGAGCAGAGACAGAAACCGAGCCGCUGGUUUUCGAUCCCGAACCUGAGGUUCUGGAACUGUCGCGGCAAGGCGGACUAGCAGGCAUCGUGCAGCCGGUAGCUGCAACAGUGUUCACAGCCCUGAUAUUUGUGCUGCCCGUUCUUUUCAUUCUGGCCUUUGUAUAUCUGCCGUUGCUGCGCAUCCCGCUCGCACUGUAUGUAGUAUUCUGCUACAACGACCCGGCCAUCAGCAAUGGGGUAGGGCGCCCAGCAUUGUGGGUGCGGCGCUUGGGUAUAUGGCGGCACAUCAGUGCGUACUUCCCGGUGCGUGUGGUGCUGGAGCAGCGCCUGGAUCCGAAGCAGUCGUAUCUCCUGGGGAUUGCGCCGCAUGGCAUCCUGGCCUUUGGCGGACAGGUCGCAGUGGGGGCGCAGAGCAGCGCCCUGUACCGUGCACUGGAAGGGACCACAGUGCAUGUAGCUGCACUCCGUCCAGCAUUGACACUGCCAGUAUUCCGCGACUACCUGCUGGCACUGGGAGCGAUUGCAUCGUCGCGAGCGGCGAUCCGCGAGUGUUUGGCGCGGGGAAAGGGACACAGCGUCGGGAUCGUUGUGGGCGGUGCCAAGGAGAGUCUGUAUACAAACCCAGGCCACCGCAAAAUUGUCAUGCGCCAUCGCAAGGGAUUCGUGCGGGAGGCCAUCAUGGCUGGCGCUCCGCUCGUGCCUGUCUACGUGUUUGGCGAGAACGAUAUCUUCACACAAGUCAUGCACCCGCCAUUGCGCAGGCUCCAAAAGUGGCUGCAAACAAAAGUCAAGUUUGCACUGCCAGUAUUCUACGGCCGCCUUGGCAUGGUGCCGCGCCGCUCUCCGCUGACCGUUGCUAUAGGAACGCCAAUUGCUGUGCCCAAGAUCGAGGCACCGACUGCAGAUGAGAUAGACCGUGUUCAUGCUGACUUCAUCCUUCAAAUGGGCCGCCUGUACUCCAGGUUCCAGCCCAUAUAUGAUCCGCAGGGCGGAGACCUUGUAAUCAUCUAGUGCUCAGCUAGUUUAUCCGUGCUAUUUGUAAUACUACAGCUCUACUUCUUCGUC